CCCUCAACUCCACCCAUAAACCAAAUCUAAGCCCCAAAGGAGAGACCCAAAUCUCGAUCAUUAUAAUCAUCGGCGAAGAAAUAAGCAAUGGCUCCGAAGCCAUCGGAGAACGGCGUCGACGGCGACGAUGAGCGCGAAGAGGAGGAAGAUUCGGAGGAGGAGGAGGAAGGGGGGGAGGAGGAGGAGGAAGAGGAGGAUGAGCCGAGGUUGAAGUACCAGAGGAUGGGCGGGAGUGUGCCCUCGCUGCUAGCUUCUGACGCUGCCUCGUGUAUCGCCGUUGCGGAGCGAAUGAUCGCCCUCGGCACUCACGGCGGCUCUGUUCACAUCCUUGAUUUCCUCGGCAAUCAAGUUAAGGAAUUUCCAACUCAUACUGCAACUGUAAAUGAUCUUUGCUUUGACGUGGAAGGUGAAUACAUUGGUAGCUGUUCAGAUGAUGGAUCUGUUGUGAUAAACAGUCUUUUUACGGAUGAGAAAAUGAGAUUUGAUUAUCAUCGCCCAAUGAAGACGAUUGCCCUGGAUCCAGAUUAUGCAAGAAAAUCAUCCAGAAGGUUUGUUGCCGGUGGUUUAGCAGGUCACUUAUAUUUUAAUACAAAGAAGUGGAUAGGCUACCGUGACCAGGUUCUGCACUCUGGUGAAGGCCCAAUUCAUGCAGCGAAGUGGAGGACUAGUCUCGUUGCUUGGGCUAAUGAUGCAGGUGUGAAGGUGUAUGAUACUGCUAAUGAUCAGCGGGUUACCUUUAUCGAGAGACCACGAGGAAGCCCGCGCCCUGAACUUCUGCUUCCUCACUUAGUUUGGCAGGAUGAUACUCUCUUGGUAAUUGGCUGGGGAACAUCUGUGAAAAUUGCAUCAAUAAGAGCAAAUCAAAACAAAGGCAUGAAUGGGACUCAUAGGCAUAUCCCCAUGUCUAGAAUGAACCAGGUGGACAUUGUGGCAUCAUUCCAAACCAGCUAUUUCAUCUCUGGAAUUGCUCCCUUUGGUGAUUCUCUUGUUGUUCUGGCUUACAUUCCUGCCGAAGAAGAUAGAGAGAAGGGAUUUACCAACAAUGUUCCAUCACGUCAGGGAAAUGCUCAGAGACCAGAAGUGCGUGUAGUCACAUGGAACAACGAUGAGCUUGCUACAGAUGCUCUACCUGUCCAUGGCUUUGAGCAUUACAAAGCGAAGGACUAUUCACUUGCUCAUGCUCCAUUCUCAGGUAGCAGCUAUGCAGGUGGUCAAUGGGCUGCUGGUGAUGAGCCAUUAUACUAUAUUGUAUCCCCGAAGGAUGUAGUAAUUGCAAAACCUAGGGAUGCAGAAGAUCAUAUUUCUUGGCUUCUUCAACAUGGAUGGCAUGAAAAAGCCUUAGCAGCAGUUGAGGCUGGACAAGGGCGGAGUGAGCUUCUCGAUGAGGUGGGUUCAAGGUAUCUCGACCAUUUGAUAGUGGAAAGGAAGUAUGCUGAGGCAGCAUCUUUAUGUCCCAAAUUGUUGCGAGGAUCUGCUUCAUCAUGGGAGAGCUGGGUUUUCCGCUUUGCUCAUCUUCGUCAGCUUCCUGUGUUGGUCCCAUACAUACCAACUGAAAAUCCAAGACUACGGGAUACUGCUUACGAGGUUGCUCUUGUUUCUCUGGCAACAAAUCCAUCUUUUCACAAGGAUCUUUUGUCAAUGGUCAAAUCUUGGCCUCCUGUAAUUUAUUCUGCCUUGCCUGUUAUCUCAGCCAUAGAACCUCAGCUUAAUACUUCAUCCAUGACUGAUUCACUGAAAGAGGCACUAGCAGAGUUGUAUGUCAUUGAUGGACAGUAUGAAAAAGCUUUUUCACUAUAUGCUGAUCUUAUGAAGCCAGAUGUAUUUGACUUCAUUGAAAAACAUCAGUUACAUGAUGUGAUUCCUGAAAAGGUUGUUCAACUUAUGAUGGUAGAUUGCAAACGUGCAGUACUUUUGUUUACCCAGCAUAGGGAUUUAGCCACUCCAUCCGAAGUUGUUUCACAACUACUGGCUGUUGGGAAUAAAUGUGAUUCCAGAUUCUUUUUGCAUCUAUACCUACAUUCUCUAUUUGAAGUUAACCCGCAUGCUGGAAAGGAUUUCCAUGAUAUGCAGGUGGAGCUUUAUGCAGAGUAUGAUAAAAAAAUGUUGCUUCCAUUUCUUCGCAGUAGUCAGCACUAUACCCUUGAGAAGGCAUAUGAAAUUUGUGUGAAGAGCAAUCUUUUGAGAGAGCAAGUUUUCAUCCUUGGAAGAAUGGGAAACUCGAAACAAGCACUUGCAGUGAUAAUAAAUAAAUUAGGGGAUAUUCAAGAGGCUAUAGAAUUUGUGAAUAUGCAGCAUGAUGAUGACCUUUGGGAAGAAUUGAUAAAGCAGUGUCUUCAUAAGCCUGAAAUGGUGGGGGUGCUGCUGGAGCACACUGUUGGCAAUCUUGAUCCUCUCUAUAUUGUGAAUAUGGUGCCCAAUGGCCUAGAGAUACCUCGGUUGAGGGAUCGGCUAGUGAAAAUCAUAACAGACUAUAGGACGGAAACUUCCCUUAGACAUGGAUGCAAUGAUAUCCUUAAGACGGAUUGUGUUAACCUGUUGAUCAAAUACUAUAAUGAAGCAAAGCGUGGAAUUCAAUUGAGCUACGAAGAAGAUGAAGCGCGUGCUAAAAGGGACGACAGUAGGGCUUCCGGGUCAACUGAUAGAGUGCCAAACACAAGAACAAUCGAGGUCAAGUCGAAGACUAGAGGAGGUGGAAGGUGUUGCAUUUGCUUUGAUCCCUUCUCAAUACAGAAUGUAUCGAUCAUAGUAUUCUUUUGCUGUCAUGCCUACCAUAUUAAUUGUCUCUCGGAUUCUACCAAUUCGGUUACUGCUGAGAAAGGGGCAGCAGCAGCCGCUUCCCGGGAAGCGUUAUCCUAUUACGAGUAUGAUAAUGGUGUUGACGAUGAUGAGGAGGAAGACCACGAAAAAGAUUCUGCUUCGGGUGCCCCUCGGAUGCGUUGUAUCUUGUGUACUACAGCAACCGGCCGUUGACCAUGGCUGCGUGAGGCUUGUGAUGCGUUUGUUUUGUGGUGUGUCCAUGCAUGCUUAGAGGGUGGGUGCGUGUGCGUGUGUGCGCUAGUUGGUUUUGUCCUUGUGCUUGUUUUUCAAUGAGCUGUGUAAUUUAUUCUUCUAUCUGGCCCUACCUUUCAUUUUCUGUCCUCAUCAGGGUCUCAUUGUAGCAUUUUUUUAUUUUUUGGUUGUGGGUAGCUUGAUUACUUCGACAUGUCUAAUUAAUGAAAAUGGCCUUUUAACCACAAUCAAAAUAAUCAUCUUUGACCGC